AUGUCGGGUUCUGGUUGGGGCUCUGGUUCUGGUUCUGGUUCUGGUUCGGGUUCGGGUUCAGGUUCGGGGCACGAUCCUUGGAAUCCAUUUAUUAAUCCGUAUCAUGUUCCGUAUAAUCCAUUUCGACCCGAGAAUCCGUUUCCACCUCCGGACCCAAACCAGAGUAAUCCAUUUACACCCCGAAAUCCACCCCCCAGUACUCACCCGAACCCGUAUAUACCGAAUAAUCCGCCUGGGAUACAAAAUCCACAUCUAACAAAUAAUACAUUUCCGACUCCUCAAUCAUUUAUACCCCCGAUUGCGGCUACACCUAUAUAUCCAACCCCAAAGCGUCCGCCUUUGAAAAAUAACCCACCUUUAGAUCCGUCUACACCUGCAUUUCAACCACCACCUCAAAAUUAUGAUCCAUUUCCAAUCCCCUUUCCAGCUCCAUAUCAAGUAUCAUUUCCACCUACCGUACCAUAUCAAGCCGACGGUUCAAAUGACAAUAUACUCGCAUAUCCGCCUCAGUUCCCAAAACCUCAGGUUCCACCUCCAAGCUUUAUCCCUCCGCUACAUCAACUAACUUUGACGAAACAACCACCUCCGUCUCAAAGUCGAACUAUACCUUCAACUUUACCUCAGACGAGACCUCAUUUCUAUCAUAUAGACGUACUUAUUCCUGAACCCAUACGAGCUGACCCUACGAGACCUAUAACGCCAUUCGCAAGAAAGUUCGGCAUAUCAAAUGCACCCUUUCACCGUCUAAAUAGGUCUGACGGCAGAGCCCACUCCGGCUUCAGUCCAGAGUUUCCUAGCACAGUACCCCCAGAAAAGACCGAUCCGAUACCAAAACCAGGGCCUGAGGAGUUGAACAGACUUUUUAGGACAGAGAAGGAACAGGUCGUGUCCACCAUCCCCUGCGUCAAGACCUGGAGAGUUGGAGCCCUUAACGAUGGACUAGUCGGCGGAUGGCCAUCCGCAGAGGACCGCUUGAAGAGCAACUGGGAUCAAUGGGAAGCCUAUAGGGCUUACUUGUGUGUUCCGGACGAGAGUCGGUGGCUUACGUGUUUUCAGAAGGACCACUGGUUUGACUCGAGACACAAUGUUUUAAAUGCAUUAAGUGAACCUAUUCCAGGCCUCAAUAUGUGGCCUGAUGAAACGUGGUACACCGUUGACAACCCCAUCAUUUGGCAGCUCGAUGCUAUACUAUUCGCGCAACCAAUACCUGUAGGAUACGAUCCUAAGCACAAUUUUGCCGACGAGUUAAAGCCUCAUAAACAUAAAUUAAUCCCUCGCCCAAGGGAACAGAGAGCGUCCGGUGCUCAACUUUUCCAAGCAAUCGAAGAUCUGACAAAGCACUCUGUUAUAUGUACCUUCUGCGACGAGACAACUCUCGCCCACGGAGCCGAGGCUAUCACAACAAAUUACCACAGCCAAGGGCUGGCAAACGCAACUAUUCUGUUCAACAUCCCUCAUACUCUUCGCCCCUUACUUGAAAUGGAGACGUCGGUCCCCGAGAGAUGCAUGCAUCUAGUCAAUUUUGCUAGUCUUUUCCUACACGAGUUUAUGCAUGCGCUGUGGAUGUGUAAACCCGGCGGGAGUGACUAUGAACCGUUCUAUGAUGACGAAUGGAUUGCAGAGUUAGGCCACUCAUUCGUCAACCACGUCUUGGGCGGUACGAUACAAGGUAGCCCUUCCCGGCAAUGUAUACGCGGGAGACAUAGAGGCUUCAUGAACUGCCUCGAGCUUGAAACCUUCCCCACCUUGAGAUCGGCUACAAGCGAAGGGGAUUAUUUUCAAGAUACCGCCCUAUUAUAUCUUCGCGGCUUAAGGUUUAGUUACCGCUUCUUAGUUCCCGCCGUCUGGGCCUCAGCUAUCAUCUGUGAAGAAUUCUGGACCACGAUCAUACCUCGGCGUGGUAGUGUUGCGCUUCGGGCGCCUCUACUUUUCGGAAUGUCAACUCACGGUGCCCAAUAUCACGAGUUGCGUCUGAUAGCAAACCCGGAAUUCUGGACCCCCGAGCUGAGAGGAGUUUACGAGGAGGCUGUGGCACGAUAUGUGGACGCAGGAACGCAUAUAAGACUUGUAAGAAAUGAAUGGUACGAAGAAGAGUAUCAAAAAUGGAAAUGGUUACCCUGGAGUAAUCCGUUAUUCAUCAACGCAAUUGACAAGUUUACUUAUCACCACGCAAAUCGCAAUUUGGCCACUUGUCGGCAGUUGGCAGGGGAAGCCUUACGCGAGACGUGGCCGCGACGAGGAGAACCACCGGACAGGGAAAAGGGCAUCUGGCACUUGAUAAGUUUACUAAUGCUGUUAUCCCUUCCUAGUGAACCUGCGGGUGAUCUCGUAAGGCUAAAGGUACCGAGGCAAGCCUUCCUCUACCCAAGUCGCGCAGCGGAAGCUUGGUUCAAUACUUAUGGGCUUGGACCUCGUCUGGGGCCUUUUGAUGUCUUAGAAUAUGUCAAACCAGACAUUGUAAAAGGGAUAGUAGGGUUUAAAGAUUACUCCAAUAUCAUGGGGAUUUUUCUUCGUUCCCUUGGGCACGUUGAGCUCGAAAUAGGAGCCCCAAUAGGAUGGUUAGCAAGUAUUAUCGACUGUUUCGUUACACUGCACGUAGAACGCAACAGGGACCCAAGGCCUGAGAGCUGGGGAUCCUUCACCUUCAAGGUACCUCCAUACGACCCGGGUUGGGUUGUAGCAAGGGAAGGUAAACAACCAUUCUCUACACCGAUACAGCUUCGAUUUAGGGCUGUUGUGCCUUGGCAAGAGGCAAACCUGCCUCCGCCAGUAGAUACCCCACCAAGAAGUCCGCAUAUAUUACCGCAGUCCUGGGGAGGGACGGGUUUCAGGCGCUUCUCUGGAUACGAAGCUCAGAAUACAUCUAUAAGGAAGCAGUAUCCUCAACACUUGUAUAUAGGGGAUGUAGCAAAUCAUAGGGCUCUCGAUGAUGCUUGGGUGGUUGAAUCAGACGGGGACGAUGGGCUUGAUGUAUUCGAUAUCACGGGUGUAUUGAAAAAAUUUGGUGCUAACGAAACCGAUUAUCGAGAAAUUGUAGUCAGUGGGCCCCAAGGACCGACAUUGAACCAAGAUGCAAGAUCAGAGGCAGUUCGUGCGGAAUUCAACACCAGUAUCCAGCCAAUUGGCAAGUUGAUGCUACAAAGGCGUAUAGAGGAGGUCGCAGAAUGUAAUGGCCAGAAUGGGCGACCUGCUUGGACCAGCUGGGGCCGGCUCAUCUUCGACAUAACCAACUUCCCUGCCCGGUCUCUCGAAGAACAGAAGGCGUUGGCCGAGUGUUCUGGUGGCCCGUUGUCUAAAGAUCUGACAAGAUCGGAACAUGAAAUAAACCAAUUAUUGAAGCGUCUAAUCCCCUAUACCUGCGCGUAUCUCCACGUAUCACAGCCAGUACGAAAUAUGAGGUAUUUUACCCCAGAAACGCUGCGGUGGUACGACAAUCCCUCUCAUGGGGUCUACAUUGCACUAGGAACUGUGGUCUACGAUAUUUCGGACUAUCUACGUUUUCACCCCGGAGGUUCACAAUUACUUGUCCACUGCACCGGAAUCGAUGCUACUCACCCGUUCCUCCAGUGCCACAAUCCUGAGAUCAUGAAUUCUUACCAACAUAUGCAAGUCGGCUAUCUCGUUCCAGAGUGUACCUGGGAACAGUUGCAAGACAAUCACGUCGUGGUCAAUGAUUGGGUAUUUAAUAUAAGCUCGCUCCAACAAGAGGACCCAAAUCUCUUUGAUUCUCUCCAAAAGUUUAUCCGCCAAGAUACUACGGUCGCCGUAACUGGCCAGGAUAGCGACGCGGCGGCACUAAUUAAGCUAUUUAUCAAUAAGCAAUAUCUCAUCGUUGCAGGUUUAGCGACGAAAGAGCUAUUAAGUAUACCUUUGUGGGAGUUUCUUAGGCACAGCAACUACGAGAGCGCGGAGGGCGCAUGGGUUGCUAUUGAAGGCUACGUCUACAACGUCGGGGAUCUCAUGAAGUAUCCUGACUACUACGAUCAUAAACUAGGAUUUAACUGGGCUGGAAAGGAGCUGAGUAAUCCUCAUCUAGCCCAAUGGUUGACGACACACCACCGACCUCGGUGCAUAGGUAGGCUCGUCGAGGGACCUAUCUUACCGGAGCCAGAGAUAGAACCGGAUUUGCACUUGGAAGAUCCAAUUCUCUUUGGAGGAACUGAGGAUUUGAUUGUAAAAAGAAGAAAGGAUGAUGAGGAAAAGGGUCCAGGAAUGUAA